AUGAGGCUAAGUAGAGCUUCGUGUGCCUCACUUUCCCUGAGACGAACUAACAUCUGCCCAGGAUGCCACGGAUAUUUAAAGAAACGGCAGGCUCCUUUUUGCCCUUCGCGGCCUGGAGGCAGCAGACUCUUCCCGUGUUUGCAUCAGCAGAACUUGCUGCUGCCUCUGCCUACGGGGUGCUGCACCCAGGCCGCGCACACGCGCGGCAAGCGUUCCACCACUGGGCUUCCUGCGUCCCCCAGAAGCUGUACUGAUGCCGCCUCCCGCGGCAACACUGGCCGGCGACUGAAGGGCAGUGAGGGCGGGAAAGCGUCUCCGGCCGCCGCGGCGGACACGGAGCGGGCGGGCAGGGCGACGGCCGCCCGUCGCCCUCCCGCCCGCCCGCCUCAGGGAAGCAGCUGCUCGGUUACCUCAGACAGCUCGACUCCCGCACAGGCUGCUUCCUGCUUUCUCGGGCUCAGCUGCGAGCCGCCGCCCGGCCAGACCCCGCCGACGAGCCGAGCUGUCGGCCCGCGCCUGUCGAAGCCCGGCCAGCGAGUGCAGCCCGAGGGCUGGCGGCACAAGGUCUCGCACCAGCAGUUCUCGAUCUGCCUCCGCGAGACGCCCAUCCGCCGCUACUCCAUCGCAGCCUGCGGCUCGCGCGCGACGGGAAACGGAAGUGACCGGCCCCGGGCCCUCGUGCGGUCCCGCCCCUUGCUUCGGCUGGGAAGCCAGCGCGACUCCGUCACCGCCCUGCGCUCCCUUUCUGCUGGGAACAGCCACCAGCUCCAAGGGCAGAAGCGUGAACGCUGCCACGUUUGCGGGCCCGCCGCUUGGCGUCGCCGUCUCGCGUCUCACGCGCGUCUGCGCCGCGGCGCGGUGGCUGGUAGUGCGGGCCCGGGAGAGGUCGGGCUGCCGCUCCCCGCAAGCUCUGCGCGGUGCGCCCGGCCCGCGUGGCUUCAGCUGACGUCGCGAGGCUCCUCGCAGCCUCCUCAGGGAAGAGGCCACUUCGUGCCUGGCGGGCCGCUGUUAGAUCAGGAGGGACGACCUCUGAGGCUUUUGUGUGCUUCGCGUAGUGCUUUCCUCACAACUUGUUUCCUGGGAGCACCUGGAAUGGAUAAAAGUGCCAGUUGUUGUUUCUUCCCCUGAAAUUGUGUGUCUGAAAAGAAAACCAUGAAAUCAGAGUAGUAUACUUCUAAAGACCUGGAGUGGCUUUGGGCAGCACCAGCAGGACCUGAACAAAAUAUUUGAGGGUACAAAACUACAGAAGAGUUUGCCAGCAAAAGGGUUUAAUGGAAACAAUUGAACAGAAACAUGAAUAGAAUAAACGAAGCUUUGAAUUUUUUCAGGCA